CUCCACCGCAGUCUCUCCGCUGAAAGAGAGGCUCGGAAGCAGGGCUACUGGGUCGCACAGCCCGGGGCUUCCGCGUACCCUUCCCAGGCGGCCACGGCAGCCGGAGUCACCCAGCUUGGGGCGCGGGAGACCCUGCCGAGCUUCCCUGGCCAGUUCCUUGUGCGCGAAUAGGGUGGGACGGCCCCACCCCGCUGCGAGGGCAGGGGAGGUGAUCCGCUGGAGUCACCGCGGUGGCCGUCGUAGGUGUCGCCCCCGGGGAGGAAGACAGAGCUUGCCCCCAAAGGGGACAGGCCAGCUGCACUUGGGAGCCAGCCGCCUUCAUCUGGUGUCCCCGCUUAUCGGUUGCCACCAGCCGUGCAGGACCCGGGCUCGAAAGGCCAUAGCUAAGGCGUCCCAGGAGGCGGGGCGGACGGGGCUGGUCCCGGCACCACGGCAGGAGGAGCUCGGACAGGCCUCCUGCCAAGGCUUUCCGGGGCUGGUUCUCUUUGAGAAUGCGAUGGCCAACGAGGUCCUCCUAGUGAGGAGAGAGACCGCGAGAAUUCCUGGAGUUGGGGAGAGAAAGGAACUUUUUUCCAGGAACUGGGCGGGGCCAGGCGUUCCUGGCGACCCCUUGGCUUCCUCUCAGCAGCCUAUGAAACACUGGCUACGGGCCCUACGUGUGGUGCCCCACCAGCCAUUUACGCUGAGGAACGUGAGGGUUGCUGCGGAAGGAUUGCAUCAAGCCCAUGAAGGUGGAUAAAAGGCCAGGAAGCGGCGUGGCCAAGAUCCACAUCGAAGAUGAUGGGAGUUACUUCCAAGUCACUCAGGAUGGAGGGGCAAAGAAGCUGGAGAGGGCCAAGAUCUCACUGGAUGACUGCCUGGCAUGCAGUGGCUGCGUCACCUCGGCAGAGACCGUGCUCAUCACUCAGCAGAGCCACGAAGAGCUGCAAAAGGUUCUAGGUGCUAAUAAGAUGGCGGCACCCAGUCAGCAGAGGCUGGUUGUCAUCUCGGUCUCGCCCCAGUCCAGAGCGUCGCUGGCUGCAAGGUUUCAGCUGAAUCCUACAGACACUGCCAGGAAAUUAACUGCAUUCUUUAAAAAAAUAGGGGCACACUACGUGUUUGAUACAGCCUUCUCGAGGAACUUCAGCCUCCUUGAGAGCCAGCGGGAGUUCGUGCAGCGAUUCCGAGCACAGGCUGACUCCAAGCAGGCCUUGCCCGUGCUGACUUCUGCCUGUCCAGGCUGGAUCUGCUACGCCGAGAAGACCCACGGGAGUGUCCUCCUCCCCCACAUCAGCACUGCCCGGUCCCCGCAGCAGGUCAUGGGCUCCCUUGUCAAGGACUUUUUCGCCCAGCAGCAGCCUUUGCUGCUGGGGCCAGGCAGCUGCACCACUGCUGUGUCCUCCACACAGCAUUUGACCCCCGACAAGAUCUACCACGUGACAGUGAUGCCCUGCUACGACAAAAAGCUGGAAGCCUCCAGAGCAGACUUCUUCAGCCAGGAGCACCAGACACGCGAUGUGGAUUGUGUCAUCACAACAGGAGAAGUCUUCAAGCUGCUGGAAGAAGAAGGGGUCUUGCUGUCAGAGCUGGAGCCAGCUCCCCUGGACAGUCUGUGCAGUAGUGUGUCUGCCCAGGAGCCCACCAGCCAUCGGGGCGGCGGCUCGGGAGGCUACCUAGAGCACGUGUUCCGGCAUGCAGCCCAGGAGCUCUUUGGAAUCCACGUCACUGAGGUCACCUACAGACCCCUGAGGAACAAGGACCUCCAGGAGGUGACUCUGGAGAGGGAGGGCCGGGUCCUGCUGCACUUCGCCGUGGCCUACGGCUUCCGCAACAUCCAGAACUUGGUACAAAAGCUCAAGCGAGGGCGCUGCCCUUACCACUACGUGGAAGUCAUGGCCUGCCCUGCAGGCUGCUUGAACGGUGGAGGCCAGCUUAAGGCCCCUGACACACAUGGCAAAGAGCUUCUCCAGCAGGUCGAGAGGCUGUACAACAUGGUCAGUACCGAGGCGCCGGAGGACGCACCUGGGGUCCAGGAACUGUAUAGGCACUGGCUGCAGGGUGAGGGCUCAGAGCGGGCCAGCCACCUGCUGCACACAAGCUACCAUGCAGUGGAAAAGGCUGGCUCCGGCCUCAGCAUCAGGUGGUAGGAGGCCUCAAGGGUCUGCCUGGCCACUGUAGCCAGCACCGGGACUCCCAGGAAGACAAGUGGAGUCUCCAGCAGGGAAGUUGCCUGAGACCCCAGGGUGCACCCCUAAAAUGCUGGCUGAGCUGGGGGGAUAUUGGGACCCACACAGAGAUGGGACUUCAGGCCCCCCAGCCAGUAAAGAUGAUCUCCAGCCUGCACUCACCCAGACUCCCCACUGCAGGGGGCCAGAGGUUCCACCAACUGCUGGAACCUCUCCACGGGCCCAGAGCCUAGAGUUGCUCUAUUUCCUCCGGGUUGUGGCAGCCUAAGCUAUGAGGGUUUCAGCACGUCCCAUGGGGAGCUUAAGGGAGAGCAAAAUGGGGGUUUCUCAUCCUCCAUUUCUAGAGUCACCAGAAGCUGUGAUGUGGAGGGUGGUGACAGGCCAAACCUGCCAGACUGGUCCAGCUCACAGCAGAGCUUGGGGAACUCUGCCGCACUGGGCAGCAGAGGACACUGGCAGGAGAGCGGCACCUAGCCAUGAUCCCACCUGCGGAUGGGUGCCCCCUCCACCUAGAACCAGGUGUUUGAUGAAGCUUUGGUCUCUGGGGCUUGAGAACCUGCGUUUUAGGGGCUGAGUCGAGAUAGGAAGGACUGUUGCUGUCGGGCUUCAGUGGUCUUUCUGGCUGAGUCCUAUGUCCACAGCUGGAUCCCCACUUAAAAGGGCAGGGGGAGAGCAGACUGCAUUCAGCCCACCAGGCCUGUCCCCGAGAAGCUCACCUCUAGUAAAGGGAAUUCUCUCUAAAACCAAAUUCUCUUCAAGAGUGUUCACCAACGUCGAGAAAGGGGCCUUUCAAAGCUUUAUUAAAAGUUCAGGAGCCCUGUGCAC